AUGACAAGGCGAAUAAUUAUACCUAACAUUUCACAAACCUAUUUUAUUAAUAACACUAAAUCCAUUACUUUAAUGUCCAAUUUUUUUUCAGAUGAAGUCACGUACCCACCUACAGAGUGGUUCGAUGACAACUGCUCGUGGGUAGACGCCGUGUCGUGGGGCUGCAAUGGGACCCACAACGCCACAGGUGGUAACGCGACCGCUACCGACGUCACGUCGCUCGUCCUCAUGGCGGUCACGUCCGUUGUCCUGGCUCUCAUCAUAUUGGCUACUAUAGUUGGGAACGUUUUCGUAAUAGCGGCCAUCAUAAUAGAAAGGAACUUGCAGAAUGUUGCCAACUAUCUGGUAGCGUCGCUGGCGGUCGCCGAUUUAAUGGUCGCCUGCCUUGUUAUGCCGCUGGGAGCAGUCUAUGAGGUUAGCCAAGGCUGGAUACUAGGUCCUGAGCUCUGUGAUAUGUGGACAUCCAGCGAUGUUCUCUGCAGCUCUGCGUCCAUCUUACAUCUUGUUGCUAUUGCUACUGAUAGAUAUUGGGCUGUGACAAAUGUUGACUAUAUACACAUUAGAAACGAGAGACGUAUCUUCACAAUGAUCUUCCUCGUAUGGGGAGCUGCUUUAGUCGUCUCUCUCGCUCCUCAACUGGGAUGGAAAGAUCCCGACUAUCUUGCAAGAAUAACUCAACAGCAAAAGUGUCUUGUCAGUCAAGAUCUUGCAUAUCAGAUUUUUGCUACGUGUUCAACGUUCUACGUCCCCCUCGCCGUAAUACUGAUCUUGUACUGGAAGAUAUUCCAAACUGCAAGAAAACGAAUUCGUAGGAGGCGAGAGCCGCCUCCAGCGAGACCAACUUCAGCAGAUGGUGCCCCGCCAUCAGGAAGACCGAUCCAGUCAGCGAGGGAUAGACGAUUCGUGAAAAAACGUUUUCUCAACUUAAAGAAAUGCAAUCAGAGAACUCGUGCUGAAACCCUAGCUGCUGCUCUUCUUCUAACUGAAGGCCAAAGCACGUCAACUGUUGAUACGUUAGAUGAAGAACCUCGUACCACAGCAUUCACGAUCAACGAAAAAGUACCGCAACCGGUAUCUCCAGAAAAGUCUUCCUCAACCGUCACAAAUGGAUCGAAACAGGAGAGAGCUAUCGUUCCAGCUCCCUCGCAAAGAGAAAAGAAGGAAUCUCUCGAAGCAAAGAGAGAAAGAAAAGCAGCAAAGACCCUCGCAAUAAUAACAGGAGCGUUUGUUUUCUGCUGGUUGCCAUUCUUCAUAAUGGCGUUAGUAAUGCCUAUUUGCCAAACGUGUGUGAUAAGCGAUUAUCUAGCCAGUUUCUUCCUCUGGCUCGGAUACUUCAAUUCUACUCUCAAUCCAGUUAUAUACACGAUAUUCAGUCCCGAUUUUCGUCAAGCGUUCGCGCGGAUUCUUUUCGGAACACACCGGCGCGGACGUAAUAAAAAAUUCUAACGAAAAUGUCAGUACUAUGUAUAUACCUGAACCCGUGGGUUCACGAAAUGGACUAUGUUUAUCCUCUACUUGUAAAAUAUUUCGGCUUUGUGUAUGUUAUACAUACUUUAACAUCCGUAGUGUAAAUAAGUUAGUUCAAGGAUUGUAAAUAUGGAGAUAUAUACUAUAGCAAUGUUAACGAUUGUUUUUUAUAGUUUAUGUAGCCGCGACGACGUCGCUUGCGAGUCCAAAGCGACACCGUCGCUCGCUCUUAUGUUGUUUCCAGUGACAUUACGAAAUAAAUAUUCAAAUUAUAUCACA